CUAGAGCGGCUCCAGGCAGACUGGACGUCCCCAGUCUACAGCUUCUACAAGGCUACGCCGGAGAUCGUGUACAAAAAGGGCUGCCAUGCGCAUGUCUUCACCUGCCUGGCCAAAGGAUGUGGGUACGCUUGUUGUCGCUUCCUUGACACAGGUGACUUGUCCUCGACAGGCAACCUUCGCCAUCAUGUGUGGAAGUGCUGGGGUCCCGAGGUGCUUAAGGAGGCUGACAAGGUGGCAAAUGUUGCCGAGGUCCAAGAGAAAAUUGUUGGAGACCUGCAAAGAGAUGGAACCAUUACAUACAGCUUCGAGCAGAAGAAGGGCAAGGUGUUGUACUUGCACCAUACCCACACCCAUGCUGAGACCAGCCUCAUGAAAACUGGCCGCCCGGGAUACUGGAUCCCCUCACCAUCCACCAUAGCUCGCGACAUCCAAGUCAUCUACGCUAAGUGUCGUGAGAAGAUUGUGCACCUCCUCCAAGAGGACGAGGGCAACCUAAGCUUUGCCACAGAUGCGUGGACCUCACCCAAUCACUCCACAUUCAUCGCCGUGACAGUGCACUUUGUCCUCAAUGAUGAGCCCAUCAGUAUGCUCCUUGACUUGCUGGAGGUCGCCAAGGUGCAU